ACGUUAUGAGACUACGGCAGAAUUUCCUUCACCGGUCGUUCAAACAGAUAUCGAAGCCAGCGAGAGCAUCAACGCAAGUCGCGAUGUUAGAAAAGAUAUAAAAGAAACGAACGAGGAGAACAACAAUAACAUCAAAGAAACGAAUCUUACAGAUUCAAUAAAGAUUACGGAACCAAGGGAAGAGAAGAAGGAAAUCGAUCCUGCUGUAGAACCGUUGCCUAAGCAAACAAUGACUGGUGAUGUUUCUACGAGUCAAAAUCAAAGAUUGGUAGAUAUUUUGCGCCAACAGAUAUCAGACGAAGAGACGCCAGACAAUGUCUGGAAAACGUACACACGAAUAUCCGCCAAAGACGCGUUAAAUUUAUUGACACGUACCGACUACAUGGACUUGCUCGUAAUGUUAAAAACUUGUGAAGCUGGCUUUUUUCUCCUAGAUUGUCUAAACAAAAUUCGCGAUGAUCUUCGGUAUACGGAAUUAGAACUGGAGAAUCAAGCGUACAAUCUAAUGCUUCAUCUUUACGGACUAUGUAAAGAAUAUAAGAAAGCAGAAACAGUGUUAACAGAGAUGACACAUAAGGGUAUACCGGCUGAUGUGUACACUUUAACCUCGCUGAUUUCGGCUUAUGUACGAACCGACAGGACGCGUCGCGCAAUACAAAUUUAUCGAGGGAUGCAAAAGGGAUCAGUCAAACCAAAUAUUGUAACUUAUAAUACUGUACUUUUAGCGUAUGUUCGGGAAUCUGAUCUUAAAGGGGCGCAUCUACUAUUGGAAGAAAUGGAUAAGUAUAACGUAAAGCCGGACACUACUACUUAUAAUACGAUCAUACACGGAUAUAUAAAAAAGAAUGAUCUCAUGGGGGCCAACAAGUGUCUUGAAAUGAUGGAAUCAAAAGGGCUGACGCCCGAUAUUUUUACAAUAAACACUUUGAUCGCCGGAUAUUGUAAGUGUGAAAAUAUUGAACCCGCGAUGAGACUUUAUCAUAAAAUCUAUGAGUUGAAUUUAAGGCCCGAUGUAGAUACAUUCAAUACUCUCAUGGCUUGUUAUGCGCGUCUAGGAAGAAAAUCAGAGACUAUUAAACUCUUUGAAGAAUUAAAAUUUUUGGGUAGAAAACCAACUCUUCGAACUUUUAAUGUACUUAUAUAUCUGUACACCAAGAUCAACGAUUACCAAAAAGCACUAGAGACUUUAGAUCUAAUAAAAUCAUUGGGCUUUAAGCCUGACGUGAUAACAUACAAUACGUUUAUUGCUGGAUAUGUUAAGAAAAAAAAUCUUGUUGAAGCAAUAAAGUGGUACGAAACAUUGAAAUCUGAAGAACUUUUACCAAAUGUGGGAGUAUUUAAUACACUUCUUCGAGGUUACCUUUGGGAAUACGGCAUCAUGUCGGCCGGUAAAAUAUUUGAAGAAAUGCAAAAGUAUAACGUUGAACCCGAUAGUAUCACAUAUAACACAUUAAUGCAAUAUAUAAGGUUUCAUGGUAAUUCAGAUGCAUUCGGACAAGCGAUUUAUCAAUAUGAACAAAUGUUAAACAAUAGCGUACGUCCAUCUGGUCGAACUUUUAGUAUCAUGUUAACUUUAGCAACUGAGAAUGCUCUUAGCCUAAGUUAUCCCAUCUAUAGAUCCACACCGACUGAUGUGCAGGAUCGUGAGAUAGAUUCCAUUCUUCGCGAGAUGAAGCUCAUGGGAAUCAAGAUGGAUAUUGCGACUUUUGCUAUCAUGAUCAGAUAUUAUAUUAGGCGUGGAGACAUGGAAAGUGCUACAGAAUUAUUUCAGAAGAUGAUUGCUAAAGAGAUACAUCCCAACAAAUUUGUUUACUCUAUUUUGAUCGAUGGUUACAUAAAACAACGGAAGAUGGAUAUGGCUGAACGGGUCGUUGAAAAGAUGAGAAAAUUGGGAAUUGCUAAAGACUUGAAAAUAUACACUUCUUUGAUCAAUGGUUAUAUUUCCGUCGAGGAAUAUGGCGAAGCUGUAAGAGAAUUUGCAGAGAUGAAACAUGCAGGUGUGGAACCCGAUAAAAUAACUUACACCUCGUUAAUAGAGAUGUAUGCUAAGAAUCACGAUAUCGAGACAGCUCAAAGUAUCUUCGAUUAUAUGCAAGCAAAGGGAAUCCCAAUUGAUGCUGUCGCUUUCACUGCCCUGAUAAAAGCAUAUGGCAAAGAUAGGAAAGCCGCAAGCACAAUAUAUCAUGAAAUGAUUGCUUCCGGACAUGCACCAGAUCACAUUUUGAUCCAGACAAUGCUCCGUGCGUAUAAAAGCCCAAAUACUGUACAUGAGCCAGCUGUACCGGAAUUAGAAUGCACCACCGAAUCAUAUAACGAAUUACUACGGGAGUUAAUUGCUCGAUCGAAUACAGCAGAAUUUGCAUAUGAAAUCUUCAUCGGAAUGUUAGCGAGCGACAAAACUUCGAUGCUGCAUUCACAGUCAGCCAAUCAAGACAUAAAUUAUUAUAAGGAUAAUUCACUUCCUGCAGUUAACACAGACACGUUUAACAUUAUAUUUGUACAUUUAAUCAAGCUCAAUAAUUGGCCUUGGAUCUGGAAAAUAUGGGAUGCUAUAACGAAAAUGAAAUAUAAUCGAGUUCCUGAAAAUAUUUAUUUGAGCAUUAUAAAGGCACUUGUAAUAAAAGGAGAUGAACUUGAAAAUGUCAUAUUCAUGUGGAAUAUGUUUCUGCAAACCAAUCCAACUGCAUAUUCGUUAAAGCAGAUGAAGAAUUUUAUUGAAAGCAUGGGAAAUGAUUUUGAAAGUUAA